CUGUUCUUUCAGGAGAACGACGAGGUGCUCGUAUCUGGUUUCGGACGAUCUGGUCACGCUGUCGGAGAUAUUCCCGGUGUUCGUUUCAAGAUUGUUAAAGUCGCCAACACCUCACUUUCUGCCCUUUUCAAAGGCAAGAAAGAGAGACCCACGGUUCUUACGGUUCUGGUUUAA